AAAGGCAAGCUCGCAUUUGGUGCAACUUUUGUAGGGGUUGCUGAAGGUGCGUUGCCUUCCUGCCUUGCUUUGCAGCCGCGCGACCCUGGCGGGCUGACCCGGUCGCGGUGCGCAGCGCGAGGGGAGGCAGCGGCGGGUGGAGCGAGCGGAGCGGAGCGGGAGCGACUCGAGGCGUCUUCCUUCCCGGGCGAGCUCGAGGCGAAGGCCGCCCGGUUGCCAUCAUGAUCGUGGCCGCGGCGGCGGACCGGAACAAGGAGCCCAUCCUGAGGGUGCUGAGGAACUACGUGAACUGCAGCCAGCCGCAGGUCCAGGUGCUGGAAGUGGCUUCCGGCUCCGGGCAGCACGCGGCCCAUUUCGCCCAGGCGCUGCCCAACGUGGUCUGGCAGCCGUCGGACGUGGACCCGAAAUCCAUGGAGAGCAUCUCUGCAUUCAUCAAGGCCCUCCGCCUCUCCAAUGUCAAGCCCCCCAUCUACUUGGAUUCAUCCCAGAGCUGGGAGAUGUGGGGAGGCCUGCGCCCGGAGUCUCUGGACCUCAUAGUCAACAUCAACAUGAUCCAUAUCUCGGAAAUGAGCUGCACCCAGGGCUUGUUCAAAGGAGCGGGAAAAUUGCUAAAACCCAAAGCUGUGAUGCUCACAUACGGCCCCUAUGCCGUGAAUGGGUGCAUCACCCCUCAGAGCAACGUGGACUUCGACUGCAAGCUGCGGCAGAGAAACCCGGCCUGGGGCCUCCGGGACACCACUCUGCUGCAGCAGCUGGCGGAGGCCAACGGGAUGCAGCUGGAGAGGAUGGUCGAUAUGCCUGCGAACAACAAGUGCCUUAUUUUCCGCAAGCAGUAGCCAGCCAGUCCCCUGCCUUUGCGAGGGGGAGACCCCCAAGGAGAGCCUCUUCUGACCAAAGGAUCACCUGCCCUGGCAGAAUCCAUUCAGCCUCCUUUGCUCGGCUUCGCAUCGCUUCUUUCUUCCUUCCUUGGGAGGAGUAAACCUGGUGUCCUCCUCGAAGAUGUCAGUCCAGAGGGGAAGACCUUCGCCGAAAGUUGUGGCAAGGAGGCAUCAAGCCCUUCUGGGCUUUGGCUUGGAACGCAGUGUGCCUCUGUCUUUUUCUUGUGUUGUGCGUGAGUUGCAGCUGCCAGGGAUACCUUGGACCACCUACCCCUACUGUUUGCCUGCUUGGAGAACCGGAACCUGUGCAGGGGGCCCAGGUAUGGCCACACCCCAGCAUCUCCCUCCUCACCCAGCACCCCGUGCCUGGCCCCCGUCCUGCCUCCGUAUGCCUUCGCGUUUGGUGCCAGCAUGGGCAGCUGCUCCCUGUUUGGGCCUCGUUCCCGGGCAGGGCCUUUGCCUCUCGGGCUGUUGCUUUUGUGGCUUGCUUCACCAGUGCACGUGGAAGGCCUUCCUCACUGGCCCUGGUGUUUGUCGACCCGGUACUGUGACUUGGGAGCGGGCUGGGGUGUGGGAGUGUUGCGGGGGAAACGUCGCUCGGCACUUAGGUGCCCCCAGGAAAGGACCCAAUGGUUUGAUGCUCGGGCGGGUGAGAAGGGCGAGUUGAGAGCUGGCACCCCUGGGUGGCCCUUGCCUGCCCCCCGCUGGAGAGCCAGGCCCCUCCUCACCUCCCUGCACCAUUGGGCAGCUUCUGCAGCCUGUGUGGGGCCUGCCGCCAGGCCCCUGUAGGGCUGGGAGUGCCCAGCGUCUUGUGCCUUUUGCUGCAGUCACAUCUUCAGCCUGCUUGCCACAGAAAGAGAUGCAGCAGGAUCUGGCCAGUGCUUUGGGGAUGCAGAAGACAGGGUGGCUCCUUAGUGUGGCUCGUUUUCAACCCCGGCCCUUGUUGAUGAGACCACUCCUAACACUUUCCAGUCAACAGCCUGCUGCUGAGUCCCCGGGACUGUAUGCGGGGAAGGAACUGGGUGUUCGUAUUUCCACCCCAAAUCAGAAUAUUCCUGCUUGUGGAAAACUAGUGCAUUGGAAGAAAUGAUUACCCCAGUUUUCAGUCCUCCAUUUGUGUUGGACUGCAGUCCCAUCAUCCCCAGCCUCCCAUGGAAGAGCAUGUAACCAUGGGGUGUCCCCAUCUGCACACUCAGUUGCUAAAAACCGCUCUGUGCGGUUCAUCUCUGGUCCUGGCUCUGAGGAAGCCUUGCAGGUUGCGGUGGCCACGCGAGCCGGGGAAGAAGGAAGCUGUAGUUGAAACACACGUGGAAGGCUGCAGAGCGGGGAGGCCGGGCUACUUUUCUGCCUGGGGGAAGGUUUGUUUUGUAAAUACCACCAAGUAUUCAACACUUUUAAUGCUGCAGCUGUAUUGUGAAAAGUUACAGUCCCGGAAAUGCAGCAGUAUGUGGUUUAAUUCUUUUUCAGUGGCUUCCAAAAAAGCCUUCCUCAACCCUCUGCUCACCUGUUGUGUGGAGCAAUGAUUCCCCGUAUCCACCACCACUACGAAAUACUUUACUUUAGUGUCUCCCAACUUGGCCCAGAGCCACCCGUAAGGUAGGCAACCAGUUUCUUGAAUGUGGCCUUAUUUCUUCUGGGCCGGGAUUCAAACAAUGGGAAAAAAAAACAAAAGUGUCUCUUAAUUCUGUUUAUGAAUGAAUGGCUCCCUCCAGUGGUGGCUUGUAGAAUAGCAUGAAUUUGCAGAAUGGGGUUGGAGGAGGAGGUUGCCUUGCGUAACUGAUGCUGCAUCUGGGUGCAAAAUAAAUGUAAUGUUCAGGAA